GUUUGAUUUUAUCCAGAAUAUAAUAAUAUUGCAAGCAAUAUACCUUCAGGUAAAGGAAAUAGUAUUUGAUUAUUCCCAAUUGAAAAAGACUCAUUUGAUCGAGAGAGGAAAAAGAAUCUAUCAUAUGAACCAAAAAGCAUCUUUCUAACUUUUCAAAUGCUUGCUUCCUUCAAAUCCUCUAGCUCCUCCUCCGAAGAUGCGACCACCGCCACCGAGAACAAUCCUCCUCCUCCGUUAUACCACGGCUUAUCCUCAGCCGCAACAUCUGCCGCUCAUCACCUCCGUCGUCUACUCUUCACAGCUGCCGAUUUCAUUUCGCAGUCCAACGUCUCCGCCGCUCAAAACGUACUCUCAAUCCUCUCGACAAACUCUUCCCUUUACGGCGACUCCACCGAGCGGCUCGUCCAUCUCUUCACAAAAGCCCUGUCCGUACGGAUCAACCGUCAACAACAAGAUCCAACGGCUGAAAACGAUGCCACGUGGACAACGAACGAAAUGACUAGUUCCACGGUGUUUACAAGCAGUGUAUGCAAAGAACAGUUCUUGUUUCGAACCAAGAACCACAACAACAACAACUCCGAUCUAGAGUCUUGUUACUAUCUUUGGCUCAAUCAACUAACGCCGUUUAUUCGGUUCGGUCACUUAACGGCGAACCAAGCCAUCCUCGACGCGACGGAGACAAACGGAGCUUUGCAUAUACUUGACUUAGAUAUCUCACAAGGACUUCAGUGGCCUCCAUUGAUGCAAGCCCUAGCCGAGAGAUCAUCAAACCCUAGCAGUCCACCUCCUUCUCUACGCAUAACCGGAUGUGGUCCAGAUAUAACCAGAUUAAACCAAACCGGAGACCGGUUAACCCGGUUUGCUGACUCUUUAGGUCUUCUGUUUCAGUAUCACACGCUUGUGAUCGUCGAAGAAGACCUCGCGGGGCUUUUACUACAGAUUAGAUUGUUAGCUCUCCCCGCCGUACAAGGAGAGACCAUCGCCGUAAACUGCGUCCACUUCCUUCACAGAUUCUUUAACGAAGACAUGAUCGGUCACUUCUUGUCGGUAAUCAAGAGCUUAAACCCUAGAAUCGUGACAAUGGCUGAGAGAGAAGCGAAUCUUGGAGACCAUUCGUUCUUGAAUAGGUUCUCAGAGGCUUUAGAUCAUUACAUGGCAAUCUUUGAUUCGUUGGAAGGGACUUUACCGCCGAAUAGCCGAGAGAGGCUAACCCUAGAGCAAAGGUGGUUCGGUAAGGAGAUUAUGGAUGUUGUGGCAGCGGACGCGGCGGAGAGAAAGCAAAGACAUCGGAGGUUUGAGGUUUUGGAAGAGAUAAUGAAGAGACAUGGCUUCGUUAACGUCCCAAUAGGAAGCUUUGCUUUCUCUCAAGCUAAGCUUCUUCUUAGGCUCCACUAUCCUUCAGAAGGUUACAAUCUUCAGUCUCUCAACGACUCUUUGUUUCUCGGCUGGAAAAAUCGUCUUCUCUUCUCAAUUUCAUCAUGGAAAUGAUCCGAAGGUGAUUGAGAGCGAGAGAAGAAACCUAAAUUUAGGUUUAGGAGAGGAAAACAUUUCGAUAAUUUUUGGUGUUAGGGCAAACAAAAAAAUUAUUUUGGCGAUGGCGACAGAGAAUAGUGUCUCCGGCGAAGAUUGCUGACGGCGGAGGAAUCUUGAGAUGUGUGUCUUUUUGUUUCUUGGGAAGCUCAAAUAAAGAGACAACCUAAUCUUUUGUGUGUUAACCUACUAAAAUCUGUUGUUUUUUCAAACUCAAUCUUAGGUACAUAUCGUCUUGACAUAUAUAAUCCCGUUUGUCUCUUUUCUUUUUCAUUUUAUGUGAUUAAGUAGGCGAUCCACU